AUGGUGAUUGAAAAACAUGAGAACCACUGCCUGGAGAGCUGUAGCAAUCACUCCUAUAUGAAAAAGAAUUGGCUUGGUUCCAUCAUGUUCCCUUUCUCUGCUCUUCUACAACAAUCUGAGUUUUCAGAUCAGAUGGAUGUUUUGCACAGAGCAGAGAUUUUUAAAAAGAACUGUAAGACAGCAUUUCCCAACCGAAGAAUCCUAACUACUGUUUUUAACCAUGAAGGGAUACAGAUCUUAGUAACAAGAUAUAUCAAGGCAUUAAAUCCACCUCAACAGCUUCUGGAUAUAUUUCUUCAUGACUCUAAUGCAACACUUGAUCUCAUUGCACGGUUUGUAUCUCUGAUUCCGUUUAUGCCUGAUACAUCAGAUGACAAUGAUGGUUUGGAUAUAUGGAUGACCUCAGAGCGUUGCAUCAGUUUGGCAAUUGGAAAUAGGGAAGAACAUGCUAUACUUCUCUGUAAUUUCUUCCUAUAUUUUGGAAAGGAGGCAUUGGUCCUCCUGGGAACCUCAGUUUUAGAAGGACAUGUGGCUUAUGUAUUAACUCAAGAGACUGAUGAGUAUUUGCUUUGGAAUCCAUCAACUGGGCAAUGUCAUAAGCAGCUUGAUCCGUUUUGUCCCUUGAAGAGUGUAGAUUGUUUGUUCAAUGAUAAGAAUGUCUGGUUUAAUAUUCAACAAAACAAUACACCAAUGGCUGUACAUUUUGACUAUUCAAAAGAAUUUUUCUGGAAACAGUUGCUUCCAAAAAACCUUCAAGGGACAAAAGCACAGAGCAUACAGCCUGAAGAAAUAAUUUACUCUGAUACUAACAAAAACAUGGUAGAAGAUCUAAGGAACAGGAUUGAAAGAACUCUAAAAUGCAAAAUGAUGAAAUGGCGUCCUAAAUGCCCAACACGCUGGAAUCGACAAUGCAUUUCUGUUUUGCGGCAAAUCCUUCCAAAGUUGGAACUUGACACAGGAAGUUUUGUCGCAUCUGAAAAAGAGAGUGAAUUUGAAAGAUUUCUGCAAUUUUAUUGGGUCACAGGAUUUCCUAUCCAGAUGCCCUACACUGAUAUCCAGUCAAUUGUUGAUGCUGUGUAUCAAACUGGAAUUCACGCUUCUGAAUUUCCCCAGACAGAAUUUGCUUUAGCUGUGUACAUUCACCCAUACCCAAACAACAUAUUAUCUGUGUGGGUCUAUUUGGCUUCCUUAACCCGACAUGAAUGA